AAUGUUAAAUCUAGAAAUCUUUAAAUAUAAAUAUUAAAACUAAAUGUUAUAUAUUUAAAUGUUAAAUAUAAUUAUAAAUAUACAUGUUAAAUGCUAAAUCUAAAUGUUUAUGGUCGAGCUAAAUAAUGAGCUAAUAUGCAAAUCCACACUGCCAAGAAAUGGAAAUUCAAAAAUAAAAGCUGUGUGAUUGUAGCAUCAAAGAAGAGAGAUGGACCCUUGGAAAUAUAUUAUCUCUACUUGAAAUAACAGACCAGUUAUGGAAACUUUAUUUGACGAGUACUUUGAGUGUUUAGUGUCACUUUUAUGAAGAAGUGUCGCGUGGAAAACGGGCGGUAGCAGGUGGGAAGAAGAGAGACACCAGCCACAGACUGGUGCUCCCCACUGGCCUGCCCGCCUCAGAGUGCGUCAGCCCUGGAGGUGGAUUUGGAAAAUCAAGUGGCAAUCGGGGUGAGGGGAGCAAAAAAGAACUGUUGUUGCUGCUGCCGUGGGGGUGUUUCACCCGGGCAUUUCAGCACGUAGUCCCCCUUCCCUCCCUCCCUCCCCCCCUCCCUCCUUCCUUCCUUUCUUUCUUGCGCACCCGAGUCCCGCGACGUCCACACGAAUGGCCGCUUUCUGCUUCGGUUGUGCAGCACUGAAGGUGGACGGCGGCAGAUGCCGGUGGCUGUGUUAGCUAGCUAGCUUCCUUGCUUGAGAAAGGAAGCUGAGGUCCCAGCCAGCGAGGAUUUCCGGAGGGAGAAGCGGCAUCUUCUAGCUGCACCCAGCCAUAACCCAUUGCAGAGCUGUGGCGAAGCGGCACUUCUUCAUGAAAGUAACACGAAACGCUCAAAGUACUCAUCAAAUAAAGUUCCUGUAACUCGUUUGUCAUUUCAGGUUGUGAUCAACUACUGUAUGUUCAAGGGUCCAUUUCCCUGCAUCAGAUGUUUUUGUACGUUAUUUGACACUACAAACAGAUUUUAUAUUGGUAGUUCUGUUUCUUGGCAGUGUGGAUUUGCAUAUUAGCUAAAUAUUUAGUUUGACCUGAAACAUUUACAACUCAAAUUCCAAUGAAGUUGUGACGUUGUUUUAAACAUAAAUAAAAAGAAUAUAAUGAUUUGCAAACCAUGUUCAACCUAUAUUUAAUUGAAAACACUACAAAGACAAGAUAUUUAAUGUUCAAACCGAUCAACGUGAUUGUUUUUAGCAAAUAAUCCUUAACUUAGAAUUUUACGGCUACAACACGUUCCAAACAAGCCGGGACAGGGUCAUGUUUACCACUGCGUUACAUCACCUUUUCUUUUAACAGCAUUCAAUAAACGUUUGGGAACUGAGGAUACUAAUUAUUUUAAAUAUAGUUUUAAAUUUAAGAUUUGUUUAUAUAGAGAUCUAACAUUUAUAUAUAGAUUUUACAUUUAGUUUUAAGAUUUAAAUUUAUAUUUAAGAUUUAUAUAUAUAUAUUGAACAUUUAUAUACAUAUUUAACAUUUAUAUUUAGAUGUAUACUGUAUCCAUUCCAUUUUCCGAACUGCUUAUCCUCACUAGCGUUGCGGGUGUGCUGGAGCCUAUCCCAGCCGACUCUGGGCGAGAGGCGGGGUGCACCCUGAAAUGGUCGCCAGCCCGUCGCAGGGCAUGGAGCUGUUUACGUAAAAAGUCAAUUGCAUUGAAUCAUAGCAUCUUGACCACACUAAUCUACGUUAAUAUUCCGCCCCUGAGCAGUCAUUUUGUAUAUCAGUGUAGUCAUAGUUCAUCUCCCAUUAGUGAAUUACAAAUACCUCGUUCUUUGUCAUUGUUGUCAGUUAAACCAUUUACACUCACAUUCACACCUACGGACAAUUUAGACUUUUCACUUAACCUACCAUGCAUGUUUAUGUGAUGUGGGAGGAAACCGGAGUACCCAGAGAAAACCCACGCAGGCACAGGGAGAACAAGCAACUCUACACAGGCGAGGCCGGAUUUGAACCUGUGUCCUCAGAACUAUGAGGCAGAUGUCCUAAACAGUUGUCCACCGUGUGGACAAUGAUAAUGAUAUUAAUAAUGAACUAAUUCGGAUGAUUUAAGAGAUUUGGAUUCCCACUCUGCAUGUACACUGAUCAGAUUCACCAAUAUCACAUUCGAUCCCCGCACGACAACUUGGUCAAGUUUAGAUGGACUUUCUGUACACCAAGAUCUUGCACUUGGAUGAGAAUAAAAAUGCAUCACUGAAAAUCGAGCCCUCAUCACCAAAAUGUCCCAUGCUCCGGGUGGAAGCCAAAGGACACACCCUCGCUGCGCCAAUACCACCCAGCUUGGUGCUGACUGGUCUGCCAUAUAGAUAAACACACGCAGUGAACCUUGCGCUUGACCGAAUAUCAAGAUGCGCACCGGCGUAUGUUGCGUAAUCUACAAGUAUAGAGGCUGAUAUAUUAUUUUAAUGUUAUCUAGAAUUACACCUAAGCCUCCUGGACAGUUUUAACGAACUUAACUAUUCAAUCAGUGAUUUCUUUCUUUGUGUUCUGUGGCAUCAUCCUGAGAUUUAAAGGCAGUAGCUGAACUAAAACAUUUUUGGAGCCCUGUUGAGAUUUCAGCAUGAGGUUUGAACUCUUAAUAGUCAAAUAUUUUUUUUCAGAAUUUUACGAGAACAUUAUACAGUAGAAAUACUUGUCCAGUGUCUUGAAGUGCAUUGUUAAUUAUGAAUUAGUGAAUGUCACCCACCACGUACUGUAAGCUGAGCAUUUGGAUAUGGAUACAGAUUGACCUGGUUGAUGCUGUUUUGUGAUGCUGCAAGUAAAUCCAAUCAGCGAAUGCAUAUGAGUAAAAAAAUAAUAAUAAUUUUAAAUCAUUUUCUGUGGAAAUUUCUUCAAAUGAUGUUACGAGUGUUAAUGAAAUACAUUUAAUUCGACUGAGAGUCUUUUUGUGGUUUUAUUGGUGAGCAUGGCACCUUUAGUAGUGGUUCGAGAAACACACAUACACACACUCCACAAGCGCUCCAACUGGGCAAUGGAUUGAUUUUGACAAAGCGUGAAGCUACAGUUAACCUUUCACAUCGGAGCUCCGCAGCAAUACAUGAGAAACACUGAAGAGUUGAUUUGAUUUUUAGGGGAUGGCCAUAGUUUUAAUUUACAUCUGUGUUUCAAGGGAUCAUCAAGAUGUUUUCAUUGUUUGUUUGUUUGUUUUUGCUUUAUACUCAACACAAAGGUUUGUCAAGGUCCACUUGCUCGUGUUGUAUAAUUUCCUCCAGUCCUGUUCGCUAGUUACGGCCUGUCGCUUGUGUUCCAUCAUCCAGCCGCUCUCUCCCGGUCGGGAACCGCACUAACGAGCUCCUCCUCCUCCUCGAUUUGGGGAUUUACCCCGGGGCGCACUGACCACUGGACGCACCAAGAAGGUUCCGAGGAUUAGUGCCAUGUAGACGCCGGGGGACGUCAGGGUUUUGUGUUCAGGAGCCAAAAACACCAUUGGAGCUCACACUCGGAGAGGACUUCUACCUCAAUGUCAACACAAGUCACUUCUCCCAUGGACCACUAUGCACCUCUAGACUACAACAGGUAUUAGAGUGAGGUGACUCCAAACUUAUAUUGUUUCUCCUGAGCCGGUGCAUGCUGUUGACAAUGACUGUCACCUACACGGCCAGAGUUGCAAACGCUCGCUUCUGUGGUUUCUCCAAGCUGCUUUUGGCUUGGAAAGGCAGUAUCUACAAAGUGUUGUAUAAGGAGUUCCUGGCUUUCUUCGCCAUGUACACGGCCAUCAGUAUCACAUACAGAUUUUUCCUGCCUGAUGAUGAGAAAAGGUAUUUUGAGAAGCUGGCAAUUUAUUGCAACCACUAUGCCAGUCUCAUCCCAAUGUCCUUUGUACUGGGUUUCUACGUGACCCUGGUGGUGAACCGGUGGUGGAACCAGUACACGAGCAUCCCGCUUCCCGAUCGGCUCAUGUGUGUCCUCUCGGGGGGCCUCCAGGGAAAUGACGAGCGAGGCCGCCUGCUCAGACGCACCAUGAUGCGUUAUGCCAGUCUGUCAGCCCUGCUCAUCCUCAGAUCUGUCAGCACAGCUGUCUUCAAGCGUUUCCCCACCAUGGAUCACGUGGUGGAGGCUGGAUUCAUGACUAGAGAGGAGCGGAAGAACUUUGAAGGCCUCCAAUCUCCUUACAACAAAUACUGGAUCCCUUGUGUGUGGUUCACCAACCUGGCUGCUGUGGCCCGCUGCGAAGGCCGCAUCAAAGAUGAUCACAUGCUCAAGCUGCUGCUGGAGGUGUGUCAUCACACACACAAACGCACGCGCGCACAUGGGGAGGAUUCAUGUAAUGUGAUCUCACAUAGCAUUGUGACCGUUUUCAAGCAGGAGCUGAAUGUGUUCAGGGGGAAAUGCGGCAUGCUGUUUCAUUAUGACAUGAUCAGUGUUCCACUGGUCUACACUCAGGUAGUCACUUUAGCUGUGUACAGUUUUUUCCUGGUAUGUCUGAUUGGUCGCCAGUUCCUGGAUCCUAAUCAAGGUUAUCCAGGCCAUGACCUUGACCUCUACAUUCCCAUCUUCACCCUGCUGCAGUUUUUCUUUUAUGCCGGGUGGCUCAAGGUUGCAGAGCAGCUGAUCAACCCUUUUGGAGAAGAUGACGAUGAUUUUGAGACAAACUGGUUGAUUGACAGAAAUUUCCAGGUGUCCAUGAUGGCGGUGGAUGAGAUGUAUGGCGAUCUGCCUAGGAUGGAACGGGAUCGCUACUGGAACGACUCCAACCCAAGACCACCUUAUACAGCUGCAACUCUUUUUGUCCUGCGCAAACCCUCCUUCCAAGGGUCAACGUUUGACAUGGCGAUUCCCAAAGAGGAAAUGCACUUUCAGCCUCUAGAGGAGAUCGCGGAGAACAUGGAGGAGUCAGUCAGCCGUCACCCCAACAUGGCUCUCUUCAACCGGCUCCUUAAUGCGGCCCCCUCGCACACCGGCUUCAUGAGCGGAGCCCUGCGACGCACCUCAGCCCAGCUCCAGAGACUCUAUCAUUCGCCCAGCAUCGACCAGUGCAUCAGCGAUGACGACGACAGUGAAAGUUGUAAAAUAGGUAAAGGGGGCUCUUUGCCAUCUGGGCUUGGGCAGGACACCCAAAGCACCGUGUGUAGUUUUCGGGAAGAGAAGAGCGCCAGAGUGCCUCUGUUGGAGAUUCAGUUUGGGGCCGAGAAGGAGAAGCCACGGGGCAACUCUGACAUUAGCCAUGGGGAUGAGGACACUGAGACACAUGGGAGUGGUCUUGAAGAUGGGUACACAAGAGAGGAGGUAGAAGAGAAAGCAGAGUUCCCAUCUCCUGUGUUGUGCCUUCCUCCUCCCCCUCAGCACUCUAGAGAGACUCGACCAGCCUCCGCCAUUCCCAUCACCUUCCAUCACCCCUCUCCUUUCCCGUUUCACCUCACGUCCCAUUCCAGUCUGGAGCACUGCAGCUCGCAGCCUGUGAUCAACCACCACAAAGCUGUGCCCUCCAUUCUUAACCCUUCUUUAGGUCAACACAAAACGUCCUUCCUCACUGUGCCAUCUUUGGAGCCCCAGCGCUUCCGGAGUGUCAGCAUGGGAUCAGAGCUGACUGGUACUUAGGCGCACAGCAGUUGGUCAUUUGAACUUCAUGACUAUAAUGCUGUAUUUAUCCAUCCAUCUUUUAUACCGCUUAUCCUCAUUCGAGUAGCAGGUGAGUUGGAGCCUAUCCUGGCUGACUUAACGUGACAGGCGGGGUACACCGUCUGGUGCUAUGGACACUCACAUUCACACAUAAAGGACAGUUUAGAGUCUUCAAUGAACCUAACAUGCAUGUUUUUGGAAUGUGGGCGGAAGCCAGAGUACCCGGAGGAAAUCCAUGCAAUUGCAGGCCAUGCAAAGGAAAGAAGGAAAAGAAAGAAAGAGAAACAUCCAUCCAUCCAUUUUCUGAGCCGCUUCUCCUCAGUAGGGUCGCGGGCGUGCUGGAGCCUAUCCCAGCUGUCAUCGGGCAGGAGGCGGGGUACAUCCUGAACUGGUUGCCAGCCAAUCGCAGGGCACAUACAAACAAACAACCAGUCGGACUCACAGUCACACCUACGGGCAAUUUAGAGUCUUCAAUUAAUGCCUGUUUUUGGGAUGUGGGAGGAAACCGGAGUGCCCGGAGAAAACCCACGCAGGCACGGGGAGAACAUGCAAACUCCACACAGGCGGGACCGGGGAAUGAACCCGGGUCCUCAGAACUGUGAGGCUGACGCUCUAACCAGUCGGCCACCGUGCCGCAAGAAAGAAAGAAAGAAACAAACAAACAAACAAAAUAUUCUCCUGUGACACUGUCUUUUGGACUUAUACACAUUAUGGAUAUGUUUUUAAGAUGAGACUGAAUGAUGAUUGAAAUGUAAAUACAGUAGAAUAUCUUUAACAUACAACCCUAAUUCCAAUGACGUUGGGACAUUGUGUUAAACAUAAAUAAAAACAGAACACAAUGAUUUGCAAAUCAUGUUCAACCUAUAUUUAAUUGAAUACACUUCAAAGACAAGAUAUUUAAUCUUCAAACUGAUAAACCUCAUUGUUUUUAGCAAAUAAUCAUUAGCUUAGCUGCAACACGUUCCAAAAAAGCUGGGGCAGGGUCAUGUUUGCCACUGUGUUACAUCACCGUUUCUUUUAACAACAUUCACUAAUUGUUGAAGCAUAGUAGGUGGAAUUCUUUCCCAUUCUUGCUUGAUGUACAGCUUCAGCUGUUCAACAGUCCGGGGUCUCCGUUGUCGUAUUCUACGCUUCAUAAUGCGCCACACAUUUUCAAUGGGAGACAGGUCUGGACUGCAGGCAGGCCAGUCUAGUACCCGCACUCUUUUACUACGAACCCACGCUGUUGUAACACGUGCAGAAUGUGAUUUGGCAUUGUCUUGCUGAAAUAA